CCAAUGCAGCACUGUCCAAUCAGGACAAGUGCCUUUCAGGCGCACCACGAGCCCAAGAAUAUAAAAGCCGACGCCUGGCUCUGAUUCAGCACCAGUCUUUCUCGGACUAUACUAAUCUCUACGUCUCUACCGUGCUCGUCUCGGAACGACUCUUAACCCCAGCAUCAUGACUUUUGAGGAAAUUGCCAUGAAGAAGCCUAGUGAGAGAGCUCAGUACACUGGAAAAGCACUGGAGGAGCUUUUGGUUUCUGCCAAAACGAACGACUGCCUCACCAUUGGCGUGUAUGAAUCUGCUAAAGUGAUGAAUGUUGAUCCGGACAGCGUGUCCUUCUGCGUCCUGGCCAUGGAUGAAGAGUUCGAGUGCGACAUCGCGCUCCAAAUCCACUUCACUCUCAUCCAGGCUUUCUGCUUCGAUAACGACAUCAGCAUCGUGAGAGUGAACGACGUGCAACGUCUGGGUGAAAUUGUCGGCGCUAAAGAUCAAACUGAGGACUGUCACUGCCUUCUUAUCACGAGUCCAGCUGAUGGUUCGUGGGAAGACCCAGCUCUGGAGAAGCUGCACAUGUUCUGCGAAGAAAGCCGCCGCUCCAACGACUGGCUUCCGGAGAUCAGUCUGCCAGCUCGCUGAUCUGCUGAUGGGACUCUUCUCACACGAGAUGCUGUUAACCCUUCAUGGAAAUACAUGCAUCCUUUGAAUAAAGGAUGAUGAUGAUGUAUCUUCACAUCCCUGGAUGCUUCUGAGGAGGCUCUAAUGCAGUCCAGGCAGCGCGGGGCAUGCAGGCCCGAAGUGGGCUUUCGCCUCACGGUUCUGUCGCUUCUCGUCCCGUCCAUGCCAAGAUGGUCCUCCUUCUUUAUGUGAACGAGGCCGGGCAUGCCACGAGAGCGACCCAGCGGCCCUCAUUCUUUGUG